UAUGAUUAACGAAUUCUUAGAUUUCUGUUAAAAGAAUGAUGGACAUGAAAGAAAUAGACAUUUGCCAGCAAGAAAAAAAUGGAAGGAAGUUGAAGACGAGUUACUAUUAAAAGCAAUAAGAAAAUAUGGAACUCAAUGGACUAAAAUUUAAGAUGAAAUUCCAUCUAAAGACUCUAGACAAUGUUAAGCUAGAUGGAAAAUACUCAAACAUGUAUAUAUUAUAUAAUUAUAUAUAAUUAGAAGGAAGAAACAUUAAUGAGAUUGGAAGCUUUAGCUAGAGAAGACUUCUCUGAUAAAGAUAGCCAUUUAUAAAAGAUGAAGAAAUAAUUGAAAUAAAGGAAAGAAAUACCUAGAAAAUAUAAUCCUAAAUUUGAUUACAAUGAGGAUUCCUCUAGUGAAUCAAUGCAUUUAUAAUAAUUUUAAGAAGCAUUAGCUAAACAACCAAAUAAAUUAUAACAAAUUCAAUAACAAUAAUAAUAGCAAUAGAAGAGAGAAUAAUAUUAGAAAUAAGUGUAAAAUUAAUAUCAGAAUGUCUGGAAUGCCAUGGAUGACAAAAUGUUAUGGACAGCUUACAAAAUAUACAAAGGAGCAUGGAAUUAAAUCACUCCUAGAUUUUAAGAGAAAAACCCUUAAAGCUGCAUAGAUAGAUAUUAAUAUGUAAAAAAUUAUAAUGAUUUAAAUAGUUAUUAUAAUAAAAGAAAAUCAAAUUGUAAGAAGAUGCUUCAUCAGUGGAUGUAAUAUCAUCUCCAAAUGAUUUGAAUAGUUCAAAAGAAGGAUCUGAACAAUUUGACAUUUCAGUUAGUGAAGAUGAAGAUUCAACAGAUUUAUAGCGGUCUGAUUGCAAAACAUUAUAAACAAAAUAACAAUAAUACAAAGGAGUUUAUACAGUCUAACAAUGUCAUACAAAUAUUGAAAGAAUUUUGAAAUCAUUUUCCAAUCAUAAUUUAGAUACAUUGCCUGGAAUACGCGAAUCAAUAGUCAAACUUAUAUUAACAGAUUGA